CACUCAUCCGCCGGUAAACAAAUAGUAGAAGAAGAAGGAGGAGGACUUCCGGAGGAUACACAAACACAUGGGCUGAAAACGUCUCGAGCUGCAGUCAUGACGCGCUGGGCGAGGGCCAACAACGUCCAUAAACACAAACCAGCAGAGGCCACUCCCUGGAGCCGGCUCAGAGGAGGAGGAGGAGGAGGAGGAAGAGGAAGAGGAGGUCACCCAGGCGGCUCUGGUGGUCCCUCGGGGGCCCAGAGUGACCCUCUGAGGAGGACUCAGCCCGGUGGAUCAGGCGUGUACAAACCCAACCGUAAGAAGAAGGAGUACGUGGACGAGGAUGUGAACGGGUUCCUGGAGUAUCUGCAGCAGAGCGGGAGGCCUCUCCCCCGGGGGGACCGAGGAGGGAGGGAGGAGGAGCAGGGGCUGAGGGAGGAGGUGGAGACAGCCCUGAAGAAAGACAGGAGGAGGGAGGACAGACGGGUAAAGAGGCAGACGGACAAGAAGAAAAACAUGCUGUGUUUUAACUGCAGGAAACCGGGUCACGGUCUGGCCGACUGCCCGGAGGCGGACCGGGACGAGGAGAUGGGCCGGGGGAUCUGCUACCGCUGCGGCUCCACCGAACACGAGAUCCAGAAGUGCCGAGCUAAAGUGGACCCGGCUCUGGGUGAUCACCCGUACGCCAAGUGCUUCAUCUGUGGUCAGACCGGACACCUGUCGAGGUCCUGCCCCGAUAACCCGAAAGGACUGUACGCACAAGGAGGUUGCUGUCGGGUUUGUGGAUCAGUGGAACAUUUCCAGAAGGAUUGUCCAGAGCACCAGGCUGCAACGAACUCGGUGACGGUCCCCUGGUUGUCCAACAACAUGAGCGCCGACCACGAGGACGUUCAUGUUCCAGUGAAGAAAGCGAAACCCAAACAGACCAAAGUGGUGACGUUCUGACAUCGUCACUCCUUCGACCUCCGGACUCUAAUAAACGACUGAUUACCACUCGCACACACACAUUAUGAUUCUCUCUGUGUAUAUUUGUAAUAAAGCCUUUACAGACUUUA